AGGGGCCGCGGCCCGGCGCAGAAAGAAGGCGUGACCGACGCAGGCCACAGGCCCCGCCCCUCGCCAAUGGCCUGCUACGCCGGCGCUGGGUGCUACAGGCCCACUCUCCCACACAACUCUGAGCGCAUGCGCCUAAAGAAGCGGGCUGGGAGACAUGGAGAACUGUCUGGCGGCCGCGGCGCUGAACGGGGUGGACCGACGUGCCCUGCAGCGCACGGCUAGGCUGGGCCAAGAAGUGCUGGAGCGGGCCAAGAGGAGGGCGGUGGACUGGCAUUCGCGGGAGCUUCCCAAAAGCGGCGUGGGGGUCACUUCCCGAGAGCGGCCCUACCGAGAAAGACGGCCCGCAGCUGGCCCCCAGCGCCUGCUCCUGGGAGAGAGAGAAGAAAGACAACCAACCCUAAGUGCUUCCUUCAGAACAAUGGCAGAAUUCAUGGACUAUACUUCAAGUCAGUGUGGGAGAUACUAUUCAUCUGUGCUGGAGGAAGGAGGGGCGGUCCAUGUCUCUCGGUAUCACAGAGGGAAGUCGGGGCUGCACUGGUGCUGGGACAGUGGGGACGGCCAGAGAAAAGACACCUCCGUUGGUCUUGGAGUUAUCUCUCACGUGUCAGCAGCGUCCCAGCCUGCUGAGAACACCUCUAAGGACCUCUACAUAGAAGUAUAUCCAGGGACCUAUUCUGUCACUGUGGGUACAAAUGACUUAACCAAGACUCAGGUGGUAGCAGUCGACUCGGGACAAAGUGUGGACUUGGUCUUCCCUGUAUGACGUGGACCAUCAUGGCUAUCCCAUCACCUUUUUUUUAAGUAGCUAGAAGAAUAAAGUCACCAUAUUAUUCUUUACAUAUUUACCCAGUGAUCCUACUUUCAGGGCUGACUGUAGAGGGUCAGCCUUCCUGGGAAUUGGAGUUUGUCUCUUUCAGUGCCUAUUUUAACUUAAACGUCUAGAAGCCCCCCCACCCCCGCUUUCUGCUGAAAGUCAUACUGUAAUGAUGCUGUCUCAAUAGUUUUUAACUGCUUACUUUCCAGGUGAAGGUUACUUAUGAUAAUAAAGGGAGCGAUUUUGGAAA